AUGUGCGUCCACUUCCGGUCCUGGAACCGCUGCUCCUCCUGCUUCCUCACCUUCAACCGCCGCUGCAACCGCGUCCCCUGCUGGAACGGCUCCCUCUCCCGCUGGCGGAUCCACCGCCACGGAUUGUCCUGCCGCAGCGGCUGCUACGAGCGCGCAGACGACGAGGUCUACACGCACUUGCCCUGCGAAUCAUGCAACAACACGGAGGCGGCAACCGGCGCCCAAGGCAAGACGGGUGUGAUGGAGGCGCGGAACGCAGGGGUCUUAAGAGGGAACAGAGCUACUACGACUGCGGCGAUGAAGAGACGGGCGGAUAUUAGUGGUGUGUUUAUGAGGUUAUGGUCGUUUAGGGAGGUGUUGCGUACCAAGCUUUUACAAUAA